GCCAGGGACAAGGCUCAAUGUUAUAGUCACUUAAGUUACAGCUGCACUUCGUCAUGUACACUUUUGUGGUGAUUUUCUUGUGUUUGUUACGAAUAACUUCCACUUCUCCAAUAGUAUCCGAGCUGAAUUAUUCCACCAUUGUAUGUGAACAAGACAGCAGCACUUCAGAAAUAAUUUGUAAGCAGUCUAACGGAACCACCUCUGAAGAAGACAUCGACAUUAUAGUCCCACUAUGUGACACAAUAUUAGAUCUAAGGGGAAAUUUCUCUAAUUGUAAAAUGUUAGUAAAUUUGACAGAAGAAUCAGAAAACAUAACUCAACCAUUAUUUUCAGAAAAUGACAAUUCUAAUGUGUCUGAAUUUUUAUUUGAUGAUGAUCCUACACCAGAAGAUCAAAAUAACAUGAAUUCAGGAGAAGGUAAUGAUUCCACAAUAAGGCAAAAUAUUUUAAAUGACUAUGAAGAUAUUGCUGGUCCUACUCUCAGUUCUUUAACUCUUUCUUUUGAACUUCCAGUUCAAACCAAAAGAAAAGAUAACACAAUAUUGGAAAAAGCUGCUAUAGGAGAUCACAUAGACGAUGAGGAUUAUUAUGAUACAUCAGAGGAAACUGAAAUUAAUGAAUCAGAUUUAGAUAAUGACAACAUGACCGAUGACUCAAAAGAGGAGAUGGAAGUUUCCGCUGAUGCAAAAAUAAAUGCAACUGAAUCAGAAGAAACCGAGUCAUUUGAUGGUAAAGAAAAUGAAAAUCUUAUGAAUUCAGCUUCUGUUGAAGAUGAUUUACCAAGGGAAGAAGACACGAAAGAUACAAUUGAAGAAAAUUCUAACACUGAGUUAACCAAUAAUGAAGAUCUUAACACUGCCAAAUCAGAAGGAAAAGAAGUAGAAGAGGCAGAUAAUUUGGAUUUAAGUAAAGAGGAAGAAACAAUUCCUGGAGAAACAGCAACUGCUCAGAGUGUGGAUGAACCCAACAGCAACAAAAAUAGUGAAGACCCUUGGUUUUGGGAUUGGCUCUUUAGAUCCCUAAUGCCACAAAACAAUGAGAGAAUGAAACGAGAUGAGAAUUCACACAUUACCUCAGGUACAUCAGAUGUGGAUGGCACAAACUAUGGCACCUCUGAAAUGGAAAAACGAAAUGGAUCUCAACCUAUUAAUUUUAUGGAAAAUUCAAAUGAAGAGGAUGCAAAUAAAACAAUAACAGAAUGUAUAGGUGAGGAAUGUGAUUUUGAUACAGGCAACAUUGAAAAUGAAACACUUACAUCGGAAAAUGUAGUUUUGGAAAGCGAUCAAGGAGAAACUAACAUGUUAAAUGUAUGGAAUACUAAUAAGAAUGGGGAAAACACACCUUGGAUUGAAAUUUUAAAAGCAUAUGAAAAAGUGGAAAAUGAAGGAAUGACUCAUUUGACAGAUGAUGGUAAAAACCAUACUGAAUUCGAACCAUAUGAACUAAAUUCAAAUAAAACUGUUCCUGAAAUAGAAUUAAUCAAUAUUUGGCCGCUUAAAACUAGUGAAAAUUAUAAAGAAUUAGUCAUUGAUGUAUUAUUAGCAAAAAAUACAUCACAGAAUGAAGGUAUGAUUCAUUUUCAGAUUCAGUAUGGGACAGUUAAUCUACCAGUGAAUACAGCUUUACUCUUGAGAUCGGCUUUGAAUGAACUGAGUGAAAUUGGAAUGGAAGAGCAGGAGAGUGGAGAUGAAAUCAUUUUAGAAUCUGUAGAUGAAAGAGAAAUCAAUGGUACAUCAGAGAAUACAGGAGAGAUGUUAAACUUUGUAGACCUAGUUGGUGCAGACAAUGACACAAUUUAUGGAAUUUUAAGCUCUGAUACGUUCGUUACAUUUGAAUUACACAACAAAACCAUCAACAACAAUGAAAUUCCACUAAUUUAAAUGUUUAUUCUAACAUCUCACAGAAAGUGUAACAACAUCAUUGACAAGUUUACAAAUACAGGAAAAAACUUGGUUUCAUAGAACCAUUCAUAAAUUUAAUGUUUCGUAGAAAGAAUUUUAAUACCGUGAAAACAGUUUAGAAUAUUCUUAAAAAUUAGUUAAUUUUUUCUCUUACUUUGCAGAUUUUCCAUAAUAAUAAAAAUAAUUCUUUAAAGUAAAAUUGAAAUAACUAAUGGUUGUACAUAUUGGUAGAAUAGAAAUAAAAUAAGUAAUGCAUUUAUAAAGGAAACAGGAUUGUUCCGGACAUUUGCCUUCGUUCAAUGAUACAUUACAAUCAGUAACAUAACAUUUUGAUAUCUGCAAUCUGAUCUCUUCUCCAGGUAAAUAACUAAACUAAUGCAUGAAUACAAUCUAGGUUAAAUUAAACAAAACAUACCAGAGCGUUGUGACACGCAUAAAUCAGGAACAACAACAGCCAUGUUGUGUGUCUAUUUCCUUGCACACAAACUCUAAAACAUGCACUUAGUAAAAACUAAACACUAAAUAUUAAAACUAAACUACAGAAUAACAGCACAGAGGUCACAAUAACAACACACACGCAACAGGUCUGCAAUAAUAACAGGUCUGCACUCACCGACCAACCAAAUAGAACUAACCAGAGGCCAAUAGUAAAUGACGAUCGUCACAAUCCUUUCAUCGUAUUGACGAUGAAACAAACUUCAAACAAAGUAACGCAUUUAUUUGUCUUGGUUGGUACUAUAAAAUUCAUGAUUAGUAAACACUUUUAAUGAAAACUAACAUUUGCUACUGAAUUAGUGGAACAUUUCAAAAAUGUGUGCCAGUUUGGAAGAGUGCCAUGCAUAUAUUUCUCUUUUUGUUUAAAGGACCAAUAUGUCACAUUUUCAAAAUCAGGUCUUAAGAAGCUAAAAGUAUCCCUGAAAAUACACAGUAACUGCAGAUGUAGUCAUAACACACGGUAUAUUGUUAUCCUAACUUAAGAUGAGUAAAUUACAUAUUCAUACAAUUAAUUUCAUUUGAGGGUUAAUUUGAAGUAUUACAUUAAUGUAUUUAACACUUCCUAGGAUCUAUUGAUUGACAGGAACAAUACAUUCGUCCAGUAGUGCUCCUUGUAAUCUGUUACACGUCUAUGCUUAUCAUUGUUUCAAAGCAUUCAAACCAACACAGUUUGUAAUGUUUUGCAUACUAAAUUUACUCUUAAAAGUAAUAAAUUUACUGUGUACAUUAGAUUUCUUAUUAACAUUAGAUUACUCUUAAUAUAUUUACAUACAAUAUCCUAUACAUCUUACAUCUACAUGAAUUAUAACACUUCAAAUAUAUACAAAAUUCAAAACUUCAGUAUUUCAACACACAUACAAAAGACAGACAAUUUUUCAUAUUUGUUUCCUUUAUUACAAACAGUCAGGAUCAACUCUGUCUCAUUUUUUUUAUACUAAGUCUACCUACAAAUUUGUUUUCUACAUUUUAUUUCCAUUCAAACAUUCGUUUAGGAUUCACCAAAC